GUGAAGACGUCGCCAUGGAGCCGAGGGCCGGUGAGGGCGGCGGAGUGGAGGAGCCCAUGGGUGUCUCCAAGCAGGACAUCCGGGAGCAGAUCUGGAGUUACAUGGAGGCUCACGAUGUCGCCGACUUCCCCCGGCCCGUGCACCACAGGAUCCCCAACUUCAAGGGCUCGCCGCGGGCCGCAGAGCACCUUGCUCACAUGCGGGAGUUCAGAGUGGCCAGCACCGUCAAAGUCAACCCGGAUGCUCCACAGAGCAGCGCCCGCCUCCUCGUGCUCCGAAGCAAAAAAACCCUGCUGGUCCCAACUCCGCGCCUGAGAUCCGGCCUGUUCAACAGGAUCACGGCGCCGCCCGGAGCUGCCAGCGCGGAGCUGCGGAAACGCGCCAGCUCGCAGGGCGUGAGGAGCUUCAGCACCCCUGUGGGCUUGGACUGCAGCAUCCUUGUGGACUUGGUGGUGGUGGGAUCCGUGGCUGUUUCUGAGCGAGGCUGGAGGAUCGGCAAGGGAGAAGGCUACGCGGACCUCGAGUAUGCCAUGAUGGUGUCCAUGGGAGCUGUCUGUGAGAAGACACCCGUGGUCACCCUCGUGCACGACUGCCAGGUCCUGGACUUCCCGGAAGCACUUCUUGAGGACCAUGACCUCACGGUUGACUAUAUCCUCACUCCCACCAGGGUCAUCGCCACGCACUGUGAGCGCCCAAAGCCAGCGGGCAUCAUAUGGUCCAAGGUCAGCUGUGAGAUGUUGGAGAAAAUCCCAGUGCUCCGGAGCCUGCGUGAUCGAGAGAGGCGGGCGGGGAAGGACGUCACCCUGCAAGCGGAGCUCCAGCGCCCAGCCCCAGGCCCUGCCAAGGCGCCCCAGCAUCCCCCCCAGCUAGGGACAGGUGUCCCGCAGCAGAGCUGAGCUGGCAGUCACGUCCUCCCCAGCACUGCGUCCUCCCCAGCACCGGCGUCUCUGACGAGUGACAACAGCCACCACCGCCCCCGUGGUGAGGCCCUUACUUGGCAGGGUGAACCAAGCCGUGGAGAGGCAGGUGGCGUUUCUGUGUGGGAUUUGCUUCCCGGCUCGAGCCAUGAAGUGCGCUUCAUGGCACACCCGGAGCCGCCCUGCCUCCCUCCCACCCACACUCCGCAGCCUCCGUCCUGAAGCCCCUGCAGGCCUCAGCCGUGGUCUCUGCUCCUCGCCCGUGUUCCUGUUUGUCUGCCCCGACUCCUGUACCCAGGCUUCUGUGGGUUGAGGGCCUUGGGUAAGAGAGGCGCCAGUGGCCCUGACCUCACAUUUCAACUCCUGCGUCCAGCCACGCCCAGGCCAGCUGGCCCUUGGACAGGAGUCGCCACAAUAAAUGGCCACUUCUGGUGCCGGUGAGCCAGGA